CCAUUGAAAAGAAAACCCCAACCCAGCUUCGAGCCCUAAUCCCCAACCUCCUCCCACGCCAUGUCCACUCCUCGCGAAAUCCACCGUCCGCCCGGUGGCCCUGGGGAUUGCGAGGCGGCGGUGAUCUUUGCUCAUAACGGGGCAUCUAGAUCCGAAAUCACCGGCGAACUACUCGACGCAGCCGAUGCCUCCGUACGCGGUCAGCCACGGUGCGAGGAGGAGCGGCAUGCUCGAGGCACUGCUGAGCUUGCAUCUGCGCAACCGCUGCAAGAACAGGGGCCCUCCUUCACUGCCACUUCCUCGUCCUCCCUGCAUCCGGAGACAGUCGCUCAUGGCAUUACUGAUGUAUCGCCAACAUCAAGGCACUCUUCUACUGGGUCAACCUUCUGGGCCUGGCUAAGACAAGAUUGGGGCUUGAAAUUUUUCAUCAGGGUUGAUACCGAGGGAUCUUUCCAUACAUACCCCCCUGUGGGUGGGCCAUUUCAGAGCUUGCAGGAAGCUGAGGGUGCUAUCGAUCGCCAUCUUCAGAGCCGCCGGGUUCAAAAAAUGUGCAUGGAACAAGCUGGGGUUUCUCGAGUGGAGAUGGCUAUACGAACAUGUCUUUACUGGCCUGAUGGCACUAGGAAGAAGUGUUCCCAAUCGCAAGCAAUUGAGAGGUGCCAUGAGGAAAGGCGACUAUUUGCUCAAGUUUUAGUGGACAAUUAUAAUAAGGAUCACAAUCUUGGGGAUAAUGCGUAUGAACUAAAAGAUAUUGUGCAUUACAAAUUAAUUGUUGAGAACUACCAAAGGUUGUACUAUCAUUUCAAUUUCAUUGCGAAGACUAGAGGAGCUGAAGAUUGUGGCGUGGACAAUCUAUUCUUUGCUGAGGUCAUGAGCAUGCGACAAGGAGAACAUGAAGAUUUAGUGGUUAGCUGUUUCUGCAUGGUUACGUCCAGCGAUAAUGGUCACUGCUAUGGUUGCUUGAGUGAUGGCGUUGUUGAUAUGAAGCACCCCAACGAAGCUAGUGCGUUCAUUGGUGGUCACUUGGAUACUCAUAUGCCAUUGACGCGUAGUUUCAGAGAGUGGAGCGAUGAAGAUGAAGAAGUUGAAGAGGCUAGGAUAAGACAUAUGUACAAGGGCCAAGAAAAAUCAGGUUUUGUGAAGAAACUAUUGAGCAAGCUCCCUCCAGAUGUGAGACGAAGAUGCAUAAAAAAAAAAAGCUUAAGAGCAGUGAAAUGAAGGUGCCAUAAGAGUAAAAGAACAACGAGGGUAGGGUGAUGGAGUGAAACCCCUUGCACUUUCUUAUGACGGCCCAGUCAUUGCGAGAAAUCGUUUGGUUUGGGGAUGAUGGGAGAUUGGCAGUCGUGAGGAUGAAGAUGAGGAUGAGGCGGAGACGGGGUUGAAGAUCCAUAGAUCAGGCCUCCCAUCUACAACAAGUCGGCGAUACAUUUGUUUUACAUGCCAUCAGCUAUGCGGCCGGGAUGGAAAUCAGGACUGCACUGGCGAGGAGGGUGCCUAGAGCCAUGACCAACAUCACCUUCAACGUCCCCUCCUCCGUGACCAACUACGGCACGGAGAUUGGGAUGAAUCUGGGCGAUGAGGAUCCAGCCAACGUCUUAUACAUCUGAGAGGCCAUCGGACUGAAACUGUUCAGGCGCAAUGGGUUCCUUGCAUGAUCUAUCAAGCUACAGAAUGCACCGAAACUUCGAGUUCCAUCAAGUAGCUCAUCUGAUCAUGGAGUGGAGGCUGCUGAUCGGAGUAAUGUGGGCUAGUGAAGUGUUUCGUCACCUUGGACCAAGGGAUAUAUACGACCAUUUUCAAGCUCCAGAAGAAGGUGUUGGACUGCGGGAGGGAAGAGAUUACCUCGUCAUGGCCAACAGCGAUGGCGAUGGUGGAGAGGUGCUGAAGGCAAUGCAUGAAUUGCAUUGCAUCCAGCUACCAAGCAUGUUAAGUCACCUUGAAGACGUUUUUUUUUUUUUGCAUGGACACAUAAUUUCAGCACCGGACAGAUGCUGCACAUGAUUCCGUUCCAUCAUUGGACCAAACAAACAAAGCAGCUCACAUCAUUUUUUGUGGCCCAA